AUGUACCGAAUGAUUACCGAGCAGCGAAACACGAUUGGCGAACUACGCGAGGUGAUUUGCAAGCAGCACGACGCGAUUCAAGAACUACAUCGCCAACUUGCAGACACCAGGACCCAGCUUUCUGAAGAACUGAGACAAGCGCGGGAUCAGAUUGAUACCCUUCAACGCCACCCGGUAGCCAUGGCUUCGUCCCAACCAAGCGCAAGAGGGUCAUACGCCGAAGUCGCUCGCACCCCACCAUCAAGCCAGCCAAGCGGUGUGCGCACCCUCUCCUCGCGAAACACGACGCCUUCAUCCUUUACCGACACGUUGUUCUGUACGAUCGAUACAUCUAGGGUGGAGGAGAAAGAGAAGGGAAACGUCCAGGUGGCGGACAUUAGAAAGGCAAUCGAGACAGAGGCCAGGGCACAGGAAAGCAUGGGAGACUGGCGUUGCGCUGCGGUUGUGAAGGAGGCCCGAAACCCGGACCGAGUCAGAGUAAUUUGCAGGGACGAAGGCGAGGUCCAGCUCGUCAAGGAAGCGGCAGUGAAGAUCAGUGUUCCUGGAGUGCGGGUAUUGAGAGACCAGUUGUACCCGGUGAGGGUAGACAAUGCCAACCGAACAGCGGUCCUCGAUGCGGACGGAAACAUCCUGCCGGGAGCCGCAGAGGUGCUAGGGACAGAGAACGACGUCAACAUUGCGAAGAUUGCCUGGCUCAGCAGGAAGGAUACAAGCAAGGCCUACGGCUCGAUGGUUGUCUACGUGACGAAGGGCAGCGAAGCAAGGCGACUUCUAGACGGGCGUUACUUCCAUCUCGCCGGAGAAUCCGCUUACACGACCGUUUUCGCGCCCCGGGAAGGCCCAAUCCAGUGCUACAGAUGCCAGGAGAUCGGCCAUAAGGCCUUCGCCUGCAAAAAGCCGCAAAGAUGCGGAAGGUGUGCGGAACAGGGUCACCACCACAAGACGUGUCAGUCCGUGGUCCUGAAGUGCGUGCUAUGCAGAGGACCACACGAGUCAUUUAGCAAGAACUGUCGGCAGAGUCUGCUAAACGACGAGGGACUCAAGGACUUCGCAGUGCUGGCCAUCUCCGAACCAUAUGCCAGGCUGAUCGAAGGCUCGGUGACGACGGUCCCAAUGAGUCAUCACAACUGGACGAAGCUGAUACCAACGACAAGACGAGAAACCACGUGGCCCAAUUCGGAGCAUGCUAUGGCCUCUCCCAAGAGCACGAAGACGUGGCAGUCAGGCGACAUUGAGAGCACAAUCGACCUGGUACUGGCCUCUGCAGAUCUAGCAGACCAACUACUCAGAUGCACGAUUCACCCCUGCGACCAUGGCUCAGACCACAGAGCAAUCGAGACAGCUUUUGACACCACGGUGGAGGACCGUCCCAGUGAGACGAGGUUCCUCUUCAAGAACGCGCCCUGGGCGGAAAUUAGGACUAGGGUGGCAGCAAACCUCGAACGCAUCCCCUGGGACGGCAAUGUCCAGCAGCAGACGGACAGGCUCAUGGCAGCGGUAACCGAGGCGGUCUACGGCCUGACACCUAAAGCCAAACCCUCACCAUACGCCAAGCGGUGGUGGACAACGGACCUGACACGGCUUCGCCAGACAUACACGUUUUGGAGAAACCAGGCGAGAUCUCGACGUAGGAUUGGGCAAACAGCACCAGAGCUCGAACAACGAGCCAGGAUGGCAGCCAAAGAGUACCACGACGCCAUCCGCAGACAGAAGAGUUCGCAUUGGAACGACUUCCUGGCCGACGUCGGAGUGCACUGUGGCUCCACUUGGUUGGGCACGUGA